AUGACAGAAGAUAACUGCUUCGUUUAUGCUUGCAUUCAGGCUGGAGUAAAUGAAGAAACUAUUGACCACAUGAGAGAAGUCAUUCGUGUUAGAGACUUUCCUCAAAGUAAAGUACAAGAAAUUUCUGACGCAACAGGUAUAGCAUUUAAUGUUACCAUUGGUUACUUCAAUGACUCAAGACAUAAUGAAAUAAAGAGAUACAUACCAAGAGAAUGUAAAACUAUUCGAACUAUUGACUUACUUCUUGUUGAAGACCACUACAUGCUAAAUGAAAGAUUACCAAUGACAACAUAUUUCAUUCGCAACUAUAUAGAAAUCUUGAAGGAGUGUGGUGGAAUGAACAUUGAGAAACAGAUGAAGAUUUAUACAAAGAGAGAGAACAAAUAUGUAGUUCGUUAUGAUAGAACAACACCGUUAUGGGAUGUUAUGAAAACAUUGUGGGAGUGCAAAUAUUUCGAACCUAUUUCUUAUGGAGAACUUUUCACAUAUACGACUGACUUAUAUAAACAGAACCUUGCACCAUUUAAAGAUUUGACAGUUAGUUAG